AUGUCACGUUUUCACGUCCCAGUUCCCGAUUAUGACUUCAACGACCGACAUAGAAACCCUUAUAUUCCAACUCCGGAUUAUACUCUGAAGAAUCACAAGCAGAAGAAUAGACCAUCUCUGAAUAAUAUUGGAUUGGAUUUUGCACCACCGAACGUUCCGGAAUUCAGAGAAAUUGAAGUACAACUACCACCAAUCACAAUCCCCAUAGAAGUCUCACAACCAGUACAAAAGCAACCAAGUUUCCAAAGACCCACCAACUUGAAUCGUCAACCCGCCUCAAAACUUCCUGAUGAAAACUUUAACUAUCCAGAGAUUAAGCAGCAUUCAUAUAUGGAAGAUCGUAAUGAAGAAGAGCGUCACAUGUCCACCAAAGAACACAUCAAACAAAUCGGUGUCCCUGUUCUUCCAGGAAUGGCCACACCCAACUUUGUAAAUCAGAGUUUUGAACUUUCUGCAGCUCCUGUGGCUUCUGAUCAAAACAAGGCCUUCUUGCGUCAUUUGGAAAAUCACAAAAAGUUUGAUACUCUUCGUGGAGACCGGGGAAUCGAGGAUUGUGAAAUAUGCCAAAUUAUGAGAAAACAGUUGGAAGCAGAGAAACAGGAUUCUGGGCAUCACUCAUGGGAACAACCUAGAAACGGGGGACAACAACAUUCGAAUUCUGGAAGUGGGAAGAUAAGGCCAGACGUUCGUAAUAUAUUUCGUAUCGAAGAGCAACCUGAACCAGAACCAUACUUCCGCUCAAUCAGUGCCCGUGCCCGUCACAAUUACGAAAAAAGAAGAGAUGAAGAGGCCAGUAUUCAUGCAAUGGAGCAAGUUGAGAUUCUUCACAUGGAACGAGAAUUUGCAUUGUGCCGUAAAUCGGAUAACACUAUCGGAUGGAUACCUUCUUCAGUUUUUGAGCUGUAA